CUGCUCUAGCACCCCGUGACUACACACAUCAAUCCUGGCCAUUCGCAAUCGUUCAUCAUCGAGUUUUGGGUAUUGAACGGCUGUCAUCUUAUCCUGCCUGGUUCCCUGCAAGGUAGCGCUGCGGAUUCGUCGGAGAACAUGCCUAUUCUUCAAAGGCGUCCUCGGCAUAUCGAAGAGGAUGACGACGAUACGCGCGCGCACGAACGGCCAAGACAGCGGCAACGACGCGACGAAGCCGACCACAGCGAUGAUGACGAGAGCAUGAAUGGCGAUGGCGACGAACGUGGCGAGCGUGACGAGUCGACAGAAACACAGCUUGUCAAGAAGCUCGUGAGGUACGCACUUGCUUGCGAGUAUUCAAGGACCACAAUACGUAGGGAGGGUAUUCGGGAGAAAGUUCUUGGCCCCCAUGGCCGGUCAUUUAAGAAAGUGUUUGAGGGAGCCCAGAAGCAGCUGCAGGUAGUGUUCGGCAUGGAGAUGGUUGAACUCCCCGUCCGCGACAAAUCCACUCUCUCAGUGGAGGAACAGAGGCGAGUGGCCAAGUCACAGACAAAAGGAGCGGCAAGCUCCAAUUCAUAUAUUCUUGUCACUACAAUACCCGAGCCUUACAGGUCGGCGGCUAUCAUACCCCCGUCGAAGAUCCAGAGCUCCGAUGCGGAGGCGAUCCAUGUCGGACUGUAUUCGCUCAUCAUCACCAUCAUAACACUUAACGGUGGCGAGUUGAGCGACCACAAACUCAAAAGAUAUCUGCAGCGCAUGAACGCAAACGUCAAUACUCCCCUCGAAAAGACCGAAGCUAUGUUGCAGAGGCUCAUCAGGCAGGCUUACGUCGUCAAGACGGUGGAGAGGAAUCCCCAGAGUGACGAUGAUGCCGUCACCUGGCACGUUGGCCCACGUGGCAAGCAAGAAGUUACACACGAGGCUAUUGCCAACAUAGCAAGGGAGGUUUACGGAGCUGCUGCGAACGACGAGCUUGAGAAGAAGCUUCAUGCGAGCCUGCGAAUCGCCGAGAGGAAACCACCACGUCGCGAAGGUUCUGCGGAGGCGGAGAGGCACCAGGGACAUGACGGGGAUGCAGACGGCGCAGAAGAUGAAGACGAUGGAGAUGAGCGUUGAUAUAUGCAGUAGUAGCAUACGGUGUGCUGGGAUGGAUUAUAUUAGAAGAUAUCCAUUUCCCUCACCGUCUCCCCUGUAUUUUUCUACCGGCGGCCAUUUCCCCAGUCGUAUCCGCAUCUCCCGCAAGACGCGACCUACCGGCGCGAGUUGCGCAUGCUCCAGCUAGAUGGUCCCAACCCAUGUCUUGCAACUCGCGAGCCAUGCUCAGGACGGCAAGGAUAUGGGCUACGGUUAUUGUAUCAUGGGUCUGAAAAAGCAUUUCUCGGACUAUGUGCACUCGAGCUAGCUGAGACUUCAAGUGGUGUUUGCCUGCUAUACAGAGAUCUGCACUUGGUGGUUCAGUCGCCGAUCUGUGUCACUGCUGAACCACCGAGUCCUCGCCCUCACGAGCUGGGGGCGGGCCGCACGGUUGAAUCAUUUUCUAGACCAACAAUGUUAGCACUUUACGGCUCUGCCUAUUCUAACCCGACUCUGCUGGCGACCUGGCUACCCAGGCACGUCAACUCAC